AUGGUACAACAGAAUCAGUUUGGGAGUGCUGCAAUAGAAGACCCAAAUGCUCAUAUUGGAUCUUUUUUAGAAAUUUAUGACACGGUGAAGAUGAAUGGGGUCACUGAAGAUAUAUGGGUGCAGAUUGAGAUAUUCUAUAAUGGGCUAAAUGGGCAGACAAAGACUAUGGUAGAUGCAGCUAUGGAAGGCAUUUUAACGACUAAAACAGCAAAGGCUGCCAAUGCUUUCUUGGAUGACAUAGCCACCAACCAUUACCAAUGGCCAAGUGAGAGAUCGAGCAUAAAGAAGGUAACAGAACUUCAUGAAGUUGAUCCCAUCACAGCACUAGCAGCUCAGGUCCAAUAUGUCAACAGUAGAAACUACAAUCAAAGAGAAAAUUACCAGGUUAAUCACUAUCAUCCAGGGCUAAGGAAUCACGAGAACUUGUCAUAUGGCAACAAUAGAAACACACUUCAACCUCCACCUGGAUUCAACACUCGAAAUUCUGAAGGAAAACCAUCAUUGGAAGAUGUCCUUGGGACAUUCAUUUCUAAAACAAGAUCACCCUUCAACAAAGAUGAAUCAUGGUUGGAUAAUAUUGAAACACAUGUGUCCAACAUGGGAGCCAUAAUGAAGAAUCUUGAAGUGCAAAUUGGUCAGUUAGCUACCUCAAUGAAGUCUCAGCAACAAGGAAAAUUUCCAAGUGAUACAAAAGUCAACCCAAAAGAGUACCGUAAAGCCGUUGUAUUGAGGAGUGGCAAGCAAGUUGGAGAAAAUGCUUUGGAACAAAUGCCAAACUACGCAAAGUUUAUGAAGAAGGUGAUGUCAAAGAAGUGGAAAUUGGAGGAAUAUGAAACAGUAAAAUUAACAGAAGAAUGCGACGCUAUCCUUCAAAAGAAACUUCCUCAGAGGAGAAAAGAUUCGGGCAGUUUCAAUAUUCUAUGCACCAUUGGAAGCUCUUCUUUUAAUAAGGCCCUCUCUGAUCUUAAAGCAAGCAUCAACCUAAUGCCGUUAUCAGUAUUCAAGAAGUUAGGCCUCGAGGAAGUCAAGCCAACAACAGUGACCCUAUAA